AUGUUAACAGGACGUUCUAAUAAACAAUAUUCCUCAUCUAUUUUCCUCUCCUUUCUCUUCAUCACCAUCAUAAUAAUCUCAACACUUAUAUAUUUUCUCCAAUCUUUUCGCUCAUUACUUUCUCCUUCUGAUUCCUAUUCACAUUCGCAUUCACAACCUUCUUCUUCUUCUUCGCCCUUACCAGAAUCUCUGAAUCUACUCGCUCCUAGCACCACUAGCGUGCUUUUUUCCGAACAUCCUGCUUAUGAGAAUUUAUCGCGCGUGCAUGAUGGGCUGUGGGAUGAUUUACUUCCAGAGAAUGGGGGGUUUUUGAGGAGGAUUGGUGGGGAGGAGGAGGGGGCUGGGGAUAAGGGGGAAAAUGGGGAUGAAGAGGGAAAUAAGCAAAUGAGGAAACUUAAAUAUGGUAUUACGAUGUUUCAUUCGUUGCAUUGUUUGGGGAUUAUGAGGGGGGGUGUACAGGAGUUGUUUAGGGAGAUGGGGGAGCUUAGGGGGGAGGUGGAGGGCGAGGGAAUGGAUAUGGGGAAGAGAGGGAAGGAGAAGGAGAAGAGAGGAGCUGGUCAUGAUUUUGGUCAUAUGGAACAUGGGGAUCCGUUGCAUUGGUUGCAUUGUUUUGAUUAUUUGAGACAGACCAUUUUAUGUACAGCCGACGGAACGCUCGAGCCACCAAAGAUUAAUUUGAGAGGAAAAGAAAAUGUAGAUGGGAUGAUGGAGAGACAAUGUAAGGAUCCUGAGGAAUUGUGGAGGUUGAGUGUUGAGUCUUUUGAAGAGGAUGAUUAG